UGGGCGCGCGGGAUGCUGGGGGCCGCGGAGCGGGGAGCAGCGGGGCCGCCGGGUUCCCGCCUCCACAGGUAUGCAAAGAAACCUUUUCAUCCCAGUAUCCUUAGCGAUGAUGAUAUGGAUUCGUCUGGAGUUCUCCUCUGGGUAAAAGCAGAACCCUUUAUGGUGGGUGCCUUGCAGAUCCCACCUCCAUCCAAGUUCAGUCUUCACUACCUCAAGAAGAUAGCCACCUAUGUGCGAACCCGGGCUAUAGAAGGUGCUUACCCGCGCUUGUCCUGGUCCACGUGGAGGCAUAUCGCUUGUGGGAAGCUGCAGCUGGCCAAGGAUGUGGCAUGGCUUUACUUUGAAAUAUUUGAUAGUCUUUCAAUGAAGUCGCCUGAGAAGCGCCUGGAGUGGUCUGAGAUUCUGUCUAACUGCAUAUCUGAGGAUGAAAUUGAAAAGCAGAGAAAUCAGCUUUCAGUGGACACGCUCCAGUUUCUCCUGUUCCUGUACAUACAGCAGUUGAACAAGGUCUCCCUGAGGACGUCUCUGAUUGGAGAAGAGUGGCCUAGUCCCAAAACCAGAUCGCAGUCUCCUGACCUGUCGGAGAAGUCCAGCUGCCAUAAUAAGAACUGGAAUGACUACAGUCACCAGGCUUUUGUCUGUGACCAUCUGUCAGAUCUCCUUGAGCUGCUUUUAGAUCCAGAACAACUCAGUGUGUCAUUUCAUUCAACCCGUAGUAGUGUAGUCUCUCAAGAAGCUGUUGUGGCGCUCAGCUUUCUCCUUGAAGGCACAGUGAGUGGAGCCAGGAAGAUCUACCCACUGCAUGAACUCGCGCUGUGGCAACCACUACACGCCGACAGUGGGUUCUCACAGAGCUCUAAGACCUUCUCUUUCUGCAAGCUGGAAGCCUGGUUGAGAGCCCAUUUGACUGGGAAUCCAUUUGGUACAUCUGCUUGCCUCAAGUCAGGAAAGAAAUUGGCUUGGGCUCACCAAGUUGAAGGUACGACCAAAAGGCCUAAGAUUGCUUGUAAUACUCACGUGGCCCCUAGGACGCACCGCAUGGUAGUGAUGAGCCAGGUUUGCAAGCAGACGUUGGCCAAGAGCUCGGAUACCCUGCUGGGGGCGCACGUCAGGAUUCAUCGCUGCAGCGAGGCUUUCAUAUAUCUGCUCUCUCCCCUCCGAUCUGUGACAAUUGACAAGUGCAGAAACAGCACCUUUGUCUUGGGCCCUGUAGAGACUGCUCUUCACCUCCACUCCUGUGACAGUGUUAAAGUGAUUGCUGUUUGCCAUCGUUUGUCCAUCUCCUCUACAGCAAGUUGCACCCUUCACAUCCUGACGCCUAUGCGCCCACUUAUUCUCUCUGGGAACCAGAGCAUAACUUUUGCUCCUUUCCAUACCCAUUAUCCAAUGCUAGAGGAUCAUAUGGCCAGGACAGGGCUUGCUACAGUGCCUAACUACUGGGACAACCCAAUGAUCCUCUGCAGAGAAAACAGUGACUCAAGUGUCUUCCAGCUCUUACCCCCAUGCGAAUUUUAUGUAUUUGUUAUUCCUUUCGAAAUGGAAGGGGACACAACAGAGAUACCUGGGGGUCUUCCGCCUGAAUAUCAGACAGCACUGAGUCAAAGAGAACAGAAGAUUCAGGUCUGGCAAAAAACUGUGAAGGAGGCUCAUCUAACAAAGGAUCAAAGGAAACAGUUCCAAGUACUUGUGGAGAACAAAUUCUAUGAAUGGUUAGUUAAUACAGGACAUCGCCAACAGCUGGACAGCCUUGUGCCCACUGCAGCAGGCUCCAAACAAGCUGCAGGGCCCCAAACACAUAGGAUGUAUGGAGGAGGUCACCCACUGGAAUCUAGAUUGGGACGCACUCUUGCCGCCUGGGAGACGUGGGCCCUUCUGCUCCUGUAUAAGACUGCCUCUUGAUUUCCAUUCCAUUCUUGCUACUGUUUAGGUUGGGCUUAAGCGAAACUGCUGACUUUUAUGUAAGCAAAGUGUUUAUACCACAGAAGACCCACGUUUAUGAGGCAAACAUGGAAACUUGAUGAAGACACUCUAUAUGUAUAUUGCUGAUAUUAUAUAUUUGCUAGUAUUUAAAUAUUUAUACCUGGGUAUGGUGGACAGCCUGUAAUCCCAGCAUUUGGAAGGCUGAGGCAGGAGGAUCGCUGUGAGUUCAAAGACAGCCUCAACCACAUAGUGAGGCUCUGCCUCAGAAACCACCUGAAAAAGAUUGUGGAUUUGCAGGUUUACUUCAUAUUUUAAUAUAUAUGAUUAAAGGAUUUCAUUCUCUCUAGAGUUGAAGAGUUUUAUAGUUCUUUAUAACUAUUUAAAAGGAAAUUGUUGCUCCUUUUAAGAAAUAAUUGAAAUAAAAGUAUAAUUUGUUGAUGUGUAAAUAUAGCAGAAAUAGUUUUAUAUAAGGAUAUUUAUAUGAAACAACUUUCAUAAAACGUUUAUUAUAUUUCAUUUUCUGCUUCAAAUGUACAAUAAGCCAACUCAAAAAAAGUAAUUUUCUUCUUUUGCUAAAAAAAGGUUUACUUUUACCUUAGGGAAUGUUUCUAAUGUCACUCUGUUUAUGUUUGUUGUGGAAAGCUGUAUUUGUUAAGAUAAAGGAAAACUAAUUCCAAAGUAGUAAAAUAAAUCUGAUUGUUAAUAAAUAUUUCAUAUGAUAGCUAGCUAUUUAAUUAGUUUUAUCGAAAAAGACUUAAUUUAUAAA